CACCCCCUCAACUACACUACAAUCCACACUUAUAGUCAUGACUCCCCCACCUUCACCACUCUUUAUAACUCCUCUCUCCCUCACAUUCUCACCACCACCACUAUCUCCAUCUACUACUCCUUCCCCUUAUUGACGACACCACAUUCAUUUACCAUAUCCAACAUGGCCGAGGAAGCUCCAAACCAGACAACCACACCACCACCUCCUCAAGAGUCAGUGGCGCAAGUGGAGGAAGUGGUAGUAACCGAUGUUCCACAGCCACCAGAAAAAACAACAACCACUGUUCCAGUUGAAGAAACCGUCACUCUCGAGACUCACCUCUCCAAACCCAAUAAUGCUGACGACAACGACAACAUCAUCCCUGAAUUCAAGGAAGAAAGCACCAAACUCUCUGAACUCCCAGAAAACGAAAACAAGGCACUCCAAGACCUCAAGAAGCUCGUUCAAGACGCUCUCAACAACCACCACUUCUCUUCCAAAGAAGAUAAUAAGAACCCACCACCACAAACUGCUGCUCACAAGGAAGAAGUUGUAACUGAAACUAAAACUGAUGCUGCCCCAGCAAAAACCGAAGAGGAGCAAGCUGAAACAAAGGAGGAAGAGGAAAAGAAGGAGGAAGUGAAAGAAACGAAUGAAGAAGCUGCGGUGGAUGAUGAUGGAGCAAAAACUGUGGAGGCCAUUGAAGAGACCGUUGUUGCUGUCUCUUCUACCGUUCAGCCUCAAGCUGAAGAGAAAGCUUCAUCGCCACUUCCACCUGAAGAGGUUUCCAUUUGGGGGAUACCGCUGCUUGCAGAUGAGAGGAGCGAUGUGAUUCUGCUGAAGUUUCUGCGCGCGAGGGAGUUCAGGGUGAAGGAGGCAUUCACCAUGCUGAAGAACACGAUCCAGUGGAGGAAGGAGUUUGGGAUGGAGGAGUUGAUGGAGGAGAAGCUCGGGGAUGAGUUGGAGAAGGUGGUGUUCAUGCAUGGCUUUGACAAGGAGGGUCACCCUGUGUGUUACAACAUCUAUGGGGAGUUCCAGAACAAGGAGUUGUACAAGAAGACUUUUUCUGAUGAGGAGAAGAGGGAGAAGUUCCUGAGGUGGAGAAUUCAGUUCCUGGAGAAGAGUAUAAGGAAGCUGGAUUUCAACCCUGGUGGCAUAUGCACCAUUGUUCAUGUUAAUGACCUCAAGAAUUCCCCUGGACUUGCCAAGUGGGAACUUAGACAAGCCACCAAACAUGCCCUACAAUUGCUUCAAGACAAUUACCCUGAAUUUGUUGCCAAACAGGUGUUUAUUAAUGUGCCAUGGUGGUACCUGGCAGUGAAUAGGAUGAUAAGCCCUUUUCUUACUCAGAGGACCAAAAGCAAGUUUGUCUUUGCUGGGCCUUCCAAAUCAACGGAAACCCUUUUGAGAUACAUAGCUCCGGAGCAGCUUCCCGUGAAGUACGGUGGACUAAGCAAAGAUGGGGAGUUCGGAAAUAUCGAUGCUGUCACAGAAAUCACAGUGAGGCCGGCAGCAAAACAUUCGGUGGAAUUUUCAGUUACUGAGAACUGCUUACUCUCUUGGGAGCUUAGAGUAAUAGGUUGGGAAGUAACUUAUGGGGCAGAAUUUGUGCCAAGCUCAGAAGGAAGCUACACAGUAAUUGUCCAGAAGGCUAGAAAGGUUGCUUCAUCAGAAGAACCAGUGCUUUGCAACAGUUUUAAGGUUGGUGAACCUGGGAAAGUUGUUCUCACCAUUGACAACACAAGCUCUAAGAAGAAGAAGCUCUUGUAUCGCUUGAAGACCAAGCCUUCCCCUUCUGACUAAAAUCAUCAUUGUUAUGUGUAUGUGCAAGUGGGAAGGGGAAGAACAGUGCCAGAAUUGCUUGCUUACAUUCCUGCAUCAACUUCUACCAAGACACCAGUGCUUCAAAGAUUAACUUUCCAGCUGUUCAUAUAUGAAUAUAAAGUUUUUGUUUUUAAUUUUUUGGCCUUUUUGUUUUGAUGAUUAUUAUGUGUUCAACCAUAUUAUAUAAUUAUAUAUACCUCUUUCUGUGUUUUUCUUGCUAUGAUUAUUUAUUGUUGUUGUUAUCACUGAAGAUAAAUAUCAAGGUCCUUCUUUCAAAUUUGGGGUAUCUUUUGAGUUGUUCUUAGGGAGGGACUUGUUGGCUGUUGCCCUAUUUGUAUGUUAUAAAUAUCAUGUAAAUUUUUGUGGGGUCUCUCUCUCUAUCUCUGUCGCUCUGUCCGUACCUAAGCAUGAAGUGUGUUUGAGAGCUGUCAUGAUCUGUGUUCCCACCAGGGAAAAAAAAUGAUGUGAAUGUCUAUCAUGGCUCUGGACUUCUGUAAUAUGUCACAUUGUUACAUUAUGGUUGAGAUUUA